AUGGCCUGGUCAAAUUCGUUCAUUCUUUUGCUUGCUGCUUCAGGCAUUGCUGGCGUUCAAGCUGGACCUUGUAAGCCUCGUCGCUCGCCGACUUAUUCUGUACCACCUUACAGUGUACCUACAUAUCCUGUUACCCAGUCUUCUACCAUCAAGACUGGAACUCUCGUUCCUUCGACUACCGCUGGUAGUUCUACUAGUUCAUAUGGUCCAACUUUGGACUCGAGCACUACGUCUUCCACUCAUUCCAAGAUCUCUACUACUGAGUCUACUAUCUCUAUCAGUACUGAAAAGUCUUCAACUACCUCUCAUGAAUCCUCCAUGAGCACCACAACUACGCCAUGUAGCACUUCUUCCAUGUCUUCUGUAUACUCUGUCACUACCACAACCAACAGCCACAUCACAACAUCCGAAAUCAGCACAGAAACAUCCGAGGACACUUCAAGCACCACUAAGGAAACCUCUACCACAACAGAGGGCAACACUUCCACUCUUUCAGCGACUACUAGUGCUGUCAGCACAACCCAUCAGACUUAUUCACUCUCUACAACUUCUGUGGCUUCGUCCACAUCACACACAGAAACCAAGACAUCUGAGACUACAAGCACGACCCCCGCUUCAUACACUACAGGAUCUGAAUGUGAAUCAACAACGCAGUCGAUUACUUCUGACUCUCACAGCAGCUCAGCUUCUUCAAGCACUACCUCCGAGACAUCUAAAGCAUCCUUAGCUACAAGUGAGGUUUUUUCCACUACAGAGAACUCAUCUACAUACGAGACAACAGAACCUUCGGGAACUGCUUCUCCUUACUCAACUUCUGAUAUGUCAAUGUCAUCUGAAAGCUCUACAGCCUCUACUAGCGAGACAACAGCCUCAGAGUCUUCAGUUACCUCAGAGACAUCAACUUCUUCGGUGCCUUGCACGUCCUCUGCGAUAACAUCUGAAGCCUCCUCCACUACCACUCCAUGCGAGAGCUCUUCUUCUACUGUCUCCGGCACAACAUCUCAUCCCGAGUCUUCUAGCAUUGCAACACCCUGUGAAAGUACCACCACGUCUGAUUUAUCUACCACAUCUCAUGAGUCAUCAACGUCUCCGACUUCCACUCCAUGCACCACCUCAUCCCCUACAACAUUCUCAAGCACUACAUCCACCAAGUGCUCGACAACCACAUCUCCUCCUCCACGUCCAACUUGCUUCCGCUACACUAUUCGCAAGGAUCCGCCUCAGGCUGCUGACUGCGGCCACACCGGUCAUCGCAAUGGCAACAAGGCAAAGGUCCUUGGGUACGGCGACUCAGAUAGUGUGGAGGCGUGUGGAGAGAGCUGUGCCAAGUUGGAUGGCUGUAAAUCUGUCGUUUACGGUUACAGAGAGCAUGACUUGAACCAGCCUUUCUGUGAAUUUUUGGAUGCCAUGCAGGGGCGCGAUGACGAGGAUGAUACCCCUUGGCAGUGGUAUGACUUGUCUUGUUUCAACCCGGACUGUCUCUCACCGAAUGAGUGUGGGUAUUAG